AUUGAGCUUUUUGCCCUUUUUAGUCAGUAUUCUCCUACUCUUCUUCUUGCUGUCUAUCACUGUCACAAGCCAACGAACGCCGACGGAGCUCGUUAAUUAAACCGUGGCCGGAGCUCUCUAUUUCGUUAGCUCCCACUAGGUUUCACUCGAACCCAGCGAGCGAGAGAAGAAACAGAAAGGGGGGUAAAAACAUGGAAGGCGUGGGGUCUCGGCUCGGCCGCGCUUCGUCUCGGUACGGCCCGUCGGCGACGGCGAACGUGUUCAACGGUCCGGUGAGGAAGUGGAAGAAGAAGUGGGUCCACGUUUCUCCACCGCCGGCCGCUAAUAACAACAGCUCUCGCUCCAACGGCCACCACAGCGCCGCGCUGAGCAACAACAGCAGCAACGAGAGCUCUCGCCUCUUGCUCUGUCGAUGGACCCCUCUCGCUGUCGGUGUCGGAGGAGGCGCAGGCGACGACGAAUCUUCCGCCGCGGAGGAGCCUCCCAGGCGGAAGUUCCGCUACACUCCGAUUGCAGCGCUGGAGGAGAGAAAGAAGGCGGCGAAAAGCGUUGAUGUUGAGGUCAAAGAAAGUGAGGGGAAUCAGAUUAGUGAGUCCAAUGCUUCUGAGAAUGAUGUGCCGGAGGAUGAUGAUGAGACUAUGAAGGAAAAGGCACAGGAUCCGGAUGAUGGCGGUACCCUGGACCUGGGGCUAUGCUCGAAAGGCCAAGACAACGAGGACAAAGAGUCCCCCAGCGAGCACAAGGAGGAAGCAAUGGAGGAGGCGGCAAAUUCAAGCAGGGCAUGGGCUUUUGGUUAGACACCAGGAAGUUGUGGCUGCCUUUACAGAAGGUUGCGAGGGAUCAAUUCUGGCAGUAGCAGUAGUGGUAGUCUCGUCAGAACGAGAAGACUCGAGACUCGUCAUUAUAUCGUAUUGUAUAUGGCUUGUAGCUCUGUGUUAACAACCCGCCUAGGCAGAAACCAGUCGUAGCUUGUCAUUGUCGAUGUUGUUCGGUGUUAGUAUGUAUCUAUCUGAAGUCUCGAGACUAAACAUUUCAGUGAUCCCUCUGUAAGUAUCGCAGUAGUUAUUUCAUCUUAGUUUAUCCCUCACUUGCAUCACGGUAACAGCAGCAUGACUUACAUGAUGGGCUAACCCUGUUGUUGCAGAGGGACCAAGGUAAUUCUUAUUGUAUACAACUUAAGCCAUACCCAUACACCGUAAUAUGCUCGCAACCAACGAGUUACAAGUUGUUAGAACAGGGGA